CCCCUCCUGUGUGUUAGCGGCACAAAGAGGAGGAUGUUCCAUCAUGGCGCCGGCGUUGGACAGGCAAGGUUUCUGGGGUCGGCCCACUUCAACGCUGGACUGGUGCGAAGAGAAUUAUGCCGUCUCCUUCUACAUCGCUGAAUUCUGGAACACGGUCAGCAACCUGAUUAUGAUUCUUCCUCCUAUUUAUGGAGCCAUCCAGACAUUUCGUGAUGGCCUUGAGUUUCGCUACAUCUGCUCUUUCCUUGGACUAGCGGCUGUUGGCGUUGGUUCGUGGUGCUUCCACAUGACACUUCUCUAUGAAAUGCAGCUACUGGAUGAGCUGCCAAUGAUUUACAGCACGUGUGUCUUUGUCUACUGCCUAUAUGAGUGCUUCAAACAAGAGAACAGCGUUAGUUGGUUUCCUGUAGCAUUAUUAUUCAUCUUCAGUGUCACAGUCACUGCGGUCUACUUGCAGUGGAAGGAACCAGUGUUUCACCAGGUUAUGUACGGUGCUUUAGUAGCUUGUCUGGUGAUGCGAUCUGUCUUUAUAGUUACAUGGAUGUACCCAUGGUUGCGGCCUUUGUGUUACACUUCUCUGGGUGUGUUCAUGCUAGGGUUUCUCCUGUGGAACAUUGACAAUGUCUUUUGCGACUCAAUAAGAGCCAGUAGGCAAACACUUCCCCCUGGUGUUGGAGUGCUAACACAGUUCCAUGCCUGGUGGCACAUCUUCACAGGCUUGGGGUCCUACCUGCACAUACUUCUUAGUUUGCAAAUCAGAUCAACUUACCUCAAGCACCGACCAAAAGUAAAGUUUUUAUGUGGCGUUUGGCCAACUCUGCACAUUGAGCCACAAAAGACGAGCUGAAAUGAAGGACCUCCCAAGGGAUGGUGACCCAUCACCUUGAGGACCAACCAUUGCCCCUCGUCUACAACUACGGGGACUUGUGCACCCAAGAGAACCAUACGCCCUGGACUAAUGGAGGACAGUAAGGCACUGACACUACUUUUAUUGGAAACUUCACUUUUUUUAAACCCUUAAUCAUUUAUUACAUCAGCUUUCCACUGAUUUGCUUAUUGUUAAUGCCAAAUUAUUAGGUUCAAUUGUGUGUUACUGAUGCUCAAAAAUACCUGUAAUGGAAAUUCUUAAUCUAGGAUAAGGAGAAGAGAAAAUGCAGUGAAUCUGCAUUACCUUCACUGGCGUUAGUGCUAGAGCUCCCUUGGACAGACAGAGCCCCCACAUACUUGACAAAACACAAAUUAUUGAGCAAUUAAGUUUGCAUGUUCGUCCUGUGACUGCGUGGGUUCCCGCCAGAUACUCCGGCUUCCUCCCACCUCUAAAGACAUGCACCUGGGAAUAGGUUGAUUGGCAACACUAAAUUGGCCCUAGUGUGUGAAUGUGAGUGUAAAUGUUGUCUGUCUAUCUGUGUUGGCCCUGCGAUGAGGUGGCGACUUGUCCAGGGUGUACCCCGCCUUCCGCCCGAAUGCAGCUUUUUUUUUUUAAUACCACUCCACUUCAAUUUAAAGACAUGAGUCCAUUCCAGAUGGUUAAUAAUAAUACAUAGGUUAAUGUUUUUCUUACCUAUCAUUAUUCACUGUUUGACUAAUUUCACUUUAUCAAACCGUUCCACACUACAGAAUAAUAAAAGUAUGUACUACGAUUCUGGCUAAUACUGUAUCAAAUUAAUAUCAGCCAGUAUUCAAGACUCCAAUAUUGGUAUCGGAUCAGGAAUUAAAAGUUGUAUGAAGACAGAAUGUAGUCCAAAAUAGUACAGUGGUUUUAUGAAGUAAUGUAAUAAUUAAGUACAGCAUUUACCUUGGAGAGUGGACCUCUACGGCAGGGGUCACCAACGCGGUGCCCGCGGGCACCAGGUAGCCCGUAAGGACCAGAUGAGUAGCCCGCUGGCCUGUUCUAAAAAUAGCUCAAAUAGCAGCACUUACCAGUGAGCUGCCUCUAUUUUUUAAAUGUUAUUUAUUUACUAGCAAGCUGGUCUCGCUUUGCCCGACAUUUUUAAUUCUAAGAGAGACAAAACUCAAAUAGAAUUUGAAAAUCCAAGAAAAUAUUUUAAAGAUUAAUGAUGGAUUUUUAACAUGUAAAGCGACUUUGGGUACUUAGAAAAGCGCUAUAUAAAUCCCAGGUAUUAUUAUUAUUAUUAUUAUUAUUAAAGACUUGGUCUUCACUUGUUUAAAUAAAUUCAUAAUUUUUUUUACUUUGCUUCUUAUAACUUUCAGAAAGACAAUUUUAGAGAAAAAAUACAACCUUAAAAAUGAUUUUAGGAUUUUUAAACACAUAUACCUUUUUACAUUUUAAACUCUUUCCUCUUCUUUCCUGACAAUUUAAAUCAAUGUUCAAGUAAAUUUAUUUUUUUUAUUGUAAAGAAUAAUAAAUAAAUGUUAAGUUAAUUCUUCAUUUUAGCUUCUGUUUUUUCGACGAAGAAUAUUUGUGAAAUAUUUCUUCAAACUUAUUAUGAUUAAAAUUCAAAAAAAUUAUUCUGGCAAAUCUAGAACAUCUUUAGAAUCAAAUUUAAAUAUUAUUUCAAAGUCUUUUGAAUUUCUUUUAAAAUUUUUGUUCUGGAAAAUCUAGAAGAAAUAAUGAUUUGUCUUUGUUAGAAAUAUAGCUUGGUCCAAUUUGUUAUAUAUUCUAAUAAAGUGCAGAUUGGAUUUGAACCUAUUUAAAACAUGUCAUCAAAAUUCUAAAAUUAGUCUUAAUCAGGAAAAAUUACUAAUGAUGUUCCAUAAAUUCUUUUUAAAAAAUGUUCUAAAAGAUUCAAAUUAGCUAGUUUUUCUCUUCUUUUUUCCGGUUGAAUUUUAAAGAGUCGAAAUUGAAGAUAAACUAUGUUUCAAAAUUUAAUUGUCAUUUUUUUCAUGUUCAUUUAAGUGUAAAUAUAAUUAAUUAUUAAUAAUAACAUAGAGUUAAAGGUAAAUUGAGCAAAUUGGCUAUUUCUGGCAAUUUAUUUAAGUGUGUAUCAAACUGGUAGCCCUUCGCAUUAAUCAGUACCCAAGAAGUAGCUCUUGGUUUCAAAAAGGUUGGUGACCCCUGCUCUACGGUAUCUCCUUCCAGCUGCUUCUCCGUCAAACACACCAUCAGCAACUUCCCAUAUUUUAAUAGAUAAAUGCCAACGUCUAAAUAUUAUUUUACGUCCUCGGCUGGCGUCAUGCACUCAAUUUGCUUCAGUAUGGUACAGGCUUGAAAAUCAACAUUAAGUGAGCCAGCUACACGCUCUGUCAUGUUUUUGAUGAUUUCUGUCUUUAAUUAAAUGAAUAUCAUCAACUUCUUCUUCUCAGCACUGUCCUUCACUCUCAUGUUCCUACUUCUCAUGCUUGAAAAAAACAGUUAUGUCCA